AUGUGUGGAGAUGGAAUGCUGAUGAAUUCUCUAAUUGUGCCUCAUUGUUUGCUUUAUACUCUUAAAGUGCUGAAGUUUAAAAAAUUUGUUGGUCAUGUGCGUGGAUUAAGUAUUGCCAGAUAUAUUUUAGAAAAUGGUCAGGUAUUGGAGAGGAUUAAUUUUUACCUGUGUUCCAAGGAAGCUCAAGAGGAGGUACUUUCGUUUAAGAAAUGUUCUAGUUCAGUGAUUUUAGAAUUUUCAUCUGAGCUGUUUGAUUUAGUCAUUACUGUGAAUGGAAAGAAGGAGAAAAUAGCUUCAGGUUUGUUCAACCCCUUUCACUUCCACUUGAAGGUUGCUCAAGAUCAAAUGGCGAAGGUUGGUUAUUCAAUUGUUCUUGUGCCUGAGCACGAAAGCGAUGCCACAUGGUUUUCCAGAGGAACUAUUGAAAGGCUUCAUAAUUUUUCUGGCUCCGCCACUGGUUUGUAUGGUUCUGGGCAAAGUACUAUUGCUAAGAAGAUUUGUUGA